GGUCUCCUCCAAUGAUGCGUAGGGUUUAGAGAGAACAUCCCUCCACUGCAGCAGGAGCAGUUCACAAUGGACGCAAAGGAGACUGAUCCCAGCAGCUCCCCUGAUGAAGCCAGGGUGAAGAGAGGCUUUGACCAAAAGGUGUUCGUCAACAGAAGUCUGACGCUGGAAAAUAUCAAAUGCUAUGGCUUUGACAUGGAUUACACGCUGGCAGUUUACAAGUCCCCGGACUACGAGAGCCUGGGCUUUGAGCUGAUACGAGACAGAAUGGUGUCUAUUGGAUAUCCUCAUGAGCUCCUACGUUACACAUAUGACCCCAGCUUCCCCACACGCGGUUUAGUGAUCGACACCACAUAUGGGAACCUCCUGAAGGUGGACUCCAACGGGAAUAUUUUAGUCUGCAGUCACGGCUUCUGCUUCCUCAAAGGAGAAGAAAUCCACAAGUACUACCCCAACAAAUUCAUUCAGAGAGGUGACACCGAUCGCUUUUACACCCUCAACACACUCUUCAAUCUGUCAGAGACGUAUCUCUACUCCUGCUUUGUGGACUUCUUCACCAGAUGCACAAGAUACACAAACCUCCUGAAAGGUUACCAGCACGGAGACUUGUUUAUGUCCUACAGAAGCAUGUUCCAGGACGUUCGAGAUGCCAUGGACUUCAUUCACGAUACGGGAAUUCUGAAAGAACGAACUAUCAAGAAUUUGGAGAAGUACGUAAUGAAAGAUCCAAAUAUUUCUGUUCUCUUGACUCGGAUUAAAGAAGUAGCCAAGAUUUUUCUUGCCACCAACAGUGACUUCAGCUACACUGAGGCCAUUAUGAAAUACCUGCUUGAAAGUAAUAUUAAGACUGCAAAUCCGAAAAAGUCCUGGCGCUCCUUCUUUGACCUUGUGGUCGUGGACACCAGAAAACCUCUAUUCUUUGCUGAGGGGACGGUGCUAAGACAAGUGGACACGGACACAGGAAAGCUUCGGAUCGGGACGUACACAGGCGACCUCCAGCAUGGGACCGUCUACUCUGGAGGAUCCUCGGACAUUGUGUGUGAUCUGCUGGACGUCAAAGGUAAAGACAUUCUCUACGUCGGAGACCACAUCUUUGGCGACAUCCUCAAAUCUAAGAAGCGUCAGGGCUGGAAGACCUUCCUGGUUGUGCCAGAGCUCUCAAAGGAGCUGCACGUGUGGGAGGAGAAGAAAAAUCUGUUUGAGGAGCUGAAAUGUCUCGACAUCUUCUUAGCAGAACUUUACAAGCAUCUGGACAGCGGCAGUCGAGAGUGUCCAGACAUCAGUGCCAUUCAGACACGAAUGAAGGUGAGCUCCAUUACACUAGAUAGAGUGUUGACCUACAGGAUGGACAUGUCCUACGGUCAGAUGGGCAGCCUCCUGCGCAGCGGCUCCAGACAGACACUGUUCGCCAGCCAGCUGAUGCGUUACGCAGAUCUUUACUCAUCCUCCUGCAUCAACCUGCUAAACUACCCUUUCAAUUACCUCUUCAUGGCUCCUCCUGUCCUGAUGCCCCACGAGGUAGCAACUGAAAUCGUGGCCGACUUUGCUUCAUCAGACCUCUCUGCCGUCUCCAAAUACCUCAUCAAAAACUGAGGACUGAGAUGAGACAGAGGAGGAACGUUCUACAGAAAUCUUCAAAUGACCUUCUACAUGUUACAGUCCCCAUCUUUGCAGGUGGGGUUCGUUGCAGCUACGAUGCCUCUCCUUCAACAAACAGCUAACCUACUGCUCCACCCACUGGACAUGAAAUACAUUCCUGUGCAACAUUUACCAGACACAUCGAUAGAGGAAGCUGUGAUGAGAUUUUAUAAUUCAAAGAAAGAACAGGGUUAUUGUAUAUAAGAGUGACAACUUCUUUUUUCUGCAUUUUUGAUGUGAUGUUUAAGAAGUAAUGUAUUUGUUGUUUGAG